AUGACAUCCUUUCGACGCACGGCGUCAGACGCAGACAUACAUUACCGCGAGCAUGUGGCCAAACGAAACUCGCUGGGGUACGAUGCGCGUACCCCCUGGCUACAAGACUCUAAAUCGCCUCCGACAUGGCGGACUCUAGGAAACCGGGCGGUUCGGCCGUCUCUGCCUCUCGAAAACAUGGUGACUGCGGUGCAGGAUCUGAUAGACCCAGAUUUUGACCCUCUUAUUGCAAUUCUCGAUGAAGAGCCACGUUUUCUAAAGCCACUUCCUUCUCACAUAUCCCCGGAAGACCUAGAGUUUCUACGUUUCCGUGGAGCCCUCUCGAUCCCAGAAAGCGGGUUGCGAAAUGAGUUACUACGAUGCUACAUCAAAUGGGUACAUAGCUUUAUGCCAGUGUUGAACUUGCAGGAUUUCCUGAGAUGUGUGGCCGAGAACGAUCCAAACGGUAACAUUAGCCUCCUGCUCUUUCAGGCGGUGAUGUUUGUGGCAACGGCCUUUGUGGAUCUUAAGCACUUGCAAGAUGCUGGGUAUGCGACUAGAAAGAUUGCGCGGAGCGCGUUCUACACGCGACUAAGACUUCUUUAUUCCCUAGAUUGCGAAGAAGACCGAAUAGUCAUCUUGCAGACCCUACUAUUAAUGACAUACUGGACCGAUCAUGUAAACCAUCCACAGAGAGACAUAUGGGACUGGAUUGGGGUCUGCAACACCCAAGCUCAUUCAAUCGGAUUAAACCGCGACCCUACCACAUCCCCCACGAUGGACCUCAAAACCAAAGGAUUAAGGAUACGUCUGUGGUGGAGCUUAUAUUCCCGGGACCGUCUCAUCUCCUUGGGCAUGAGACGCCCUACGCAAGUCAACGAAGGAACCAGCAACGUCCCAAUGUUGAGACUCGACGAUUUUGAAUACGAAUCUUUUCACCCAUCUGUCAUUAAUAUGUUCCGUUGUCGCCAACUGGAGGACCCAUCCCAUCAGAAGCGUCUGGCGACCAUGUUCAUGGAGAAAACUAAACUUUGUCAAUGCAUCGGUCGCGUGCUCUUCGCCCAGUACUCUCCGUCGCAGCGCCUGUUCGGCAUAACUAACCGGACCACUAUUACUUUAGCCCCCAGGCAAGCCUCAGAAUCAGAGUUGGCCCGAUGCAGUCAACGACUUGACUCGUGGGCUAAUUCCCUCCCAAAGGAUGCACAAUUCAUCCCUGCUUCGAAAACGAAUUUUAACGAUGGAGAAGAUGUCUUACUUCUCCAUGGUGCCAUGGUGAGAAUGCUGUAUCAUGCUACCAUAAGUGCCUUAUAUCGACCAUGGGCGUACGGGUCCAACAAGGGCCAGAGUAAGUCACGCAUCGAGUUGACCAAUACCGCUCGGUCAAAGAUGCACGAUGCAGCUAUAGGGAUUACACAAAUCAUCCAAGGCCUGAACCAGCUGAACCUCACUCAAUUUUUGCCCCAGUCUGGCGUGACAGUCAUCAUACCUGCUACUGUGCUACACUUGGCUAACUCCAUGUCUGAUAACCCUACGGUGCGAGAAGCCAGCAUACGUAACUUCCACCGGUGUGUCCAGGUUUUGCAGGGAUUGAAAGAGCUAUAUCCAGCUGCAGAUAUGGAAGUUGCCAACAUUGAAGCCGCCGUUAGAGUCCAGUCAGACAGCGCGAGUACAUUACUCAAAAUCAUGCAAUCCAACAGUAUCAAUCUAAGCCAGCCACAACCCACCGAGCCAUAUCGGAGGGGGAGCGAUGUUGCCACUAUACAGACAUUAUCCCCAACUGAAGACCAAACACCAGAGCAUUGGGUCCCACCAACAGAGACGGACACCGUGAAUAAGCCACACAACCCUGGUCCAGAGCCCCCCAAGCCCAGCCCCGUCGACCAAAGGUCGAAGCGGAACAGCACUGCAAUCAGUACAGCAGCCAACAAUACUAGUAUCUCCCCAUCUAAGGCUAAGCAAGAUUACCUUACGCCUACAAACGACUUUGACGAUCACUUCAGCUCCGCCUUCAACACUCAUUCUCCUCUGCCUGACUCCUCAUUCAAUCCGUCAAGCUUUCUCGAUAUAGACUCAAACAACACUGAAUUCCCACUCUUCCAGUCCUCCAGCCAUCCGGAUAUUGAUAUCGACUGGGCAGAGGACUUCUUACGAGGAGCAGAUUUCAAGAUUGACUUUUCUAGCUCCGUGCUAGAGGAUCACAGCAGAGAUUUCUUCACGUUCUCAGAUAAACAGGAAGAAAACUCGAAUGCUCCUAGGAAAGAAGAGAUCACGGGUGAUUUGGACAAAGACCUGGGGCUUAACUCUGGUGACGAGAUGUUUUAG